ACUGGAUUGAUAAUCUGUUCCCGAUAUCACUAUUUUAUUCCCCUUUUUGUCCCCUUCAUUGCUUCGGCAAGCAAACCUAAUACCCAGUAGUGUGUUUGUGUGCAAUAGUAGUUCUCUCUUUGCUUCACUUCGCUGCGACUGCACAUUCUGAUAAAACUCCCAGUCUACACACCCUUCUCUUUACCCUACCCAUCCCUCUGCACACCAGUAAUCUCAGCUUUUGAGCACUUGUGUAGUGCUUUCUCUGCCUCUUUUCCCAGUAGCCCACCUUUUCUUUUCUUUUUCUUUUUUUUUCCCCAAAAUAUAUCUUUAUUUUCAGGGGCUUCGUUUCACUAGUAUAAAAACAGGAAUUGUUGCAACCUGUUUCGCCAUGGACGUUGACUUCAACAAGUCUACUCCCGAAGACCAGAUGGAUUUGAUGCUGCUGAUGCAGAUGGACAAGCUCUCUGAACUCACCGGAGGAUUCGCCGAUAUACACGAAUUGCCCAUGAUGGAUUUUAGUGCUAAUCAAGGAAGCAAUAAUAACAAUUCUAGUAGUGGUGCUGUUGAUCAUAAUUCACAUGCUCCUUCAUCCGCGUUCUUGAACCUACCGCCAUCCGUCUCCUUCACCUGUUCUCCUGGACAACUCCCUCAGGAACCUUCAUCAGCGCUGCCUUUCCUGUCCAAUUCAAGCUCGGGAAGGUGGAGAAGCGAGCUGGCGGGGGGAAACGGGUUCGCAACGGAAUCCCAGAAGCGGAAUUCAGUUGCUGCGAUGAGGGAAAUGAUUUUUAGGAUAGCAGCUAUGCAGCCAAUUCACAUUGAUCCUGAAUCCGUGAAGCCACCAAAGCGAAGGAAUGUGAAAAUAUCAAAGGAUCCUCAGAGCGUAGCAGCCCGGCAUCGAAGAGAGAGGAUAAGUGAAAGGAUUAGGAUACUCCAGAGACUUGUCCCCGGCGGGACUAAAAUGGACACUGCUUCAAUGUUGGAUGAAGCAAUUCAUUACGUGAAAUUCUUGAAGAAUCAAGUGCAAUCUCUGGAACGGGCUGCGGCGAAUAGGCCAACGGGGAUUGGAUUCCCAGUUCCAAUGUCAAGCGGGAGUUAUCUACCUAUGGCAACAAAGGGUUAUCAUCAUCAAGCUGCUCAUCAGAAUGUUCAGCACUAUGCAGAUGCUUAACGAAAUUGGUUACUUGUUUAUUAGUAGUUGAGGGCGAAGACUUUGAGAAGGAUGAGAACUAAGUACUAGCAUAAAAAUUUUCAUAUCGUCUUCACUAGAAAGAUGAUAGCUUUUGUUGCUGAUUUGCAGGGUUGUAUAAAGACAGGAGCUAUGCAUAUGGGAAUUGCUUAGACUUGCAUUCGCCAUGCAUGGUUGUACUUGGCAACUAGAUUAAUCAUUAAUAAUCCAAAUGGUAUAUAUACUUAUAUAUUA